AUGACAAGCACUGAGUUUGAAACAGUUAAAAAGAUAGACAAUGAGACCAAAAUAGUUAGAAUAGGUGAUUUAAACGUAAGAUACUCAAAGAAAUACAACAAAUAUUCUUUGUCAGACAUUAUAUCUCCAUCUGGAAAGAAAACAAAGGACUGGGUUAGAAUUGCUUCUACUCAGAAAAUUUUGACAAGAAAUCCUGAGCUUAUGAUAUCGGUAAGAUUCUAUGGAACUACAGCAUAUCUUAUAGACAAAAGUCUUAUACCAGUAGUUUUGUUCUGGAUUGACCCAGUUGUUGGAUAUAAUUUCAUAACAUAUGGUUCAUUCGAUACGGAACGUUGCAGUGAGGGCUUACUUUACAUCGUUCA